GUGGAGGUUUGUCUCACGCGAUGUACCUACUACCAGGUAGUCUCCUUCUGCUGAUCUUUAGCUUCAGCGCGAUGAUAAGUUGCCUGCAGUUGAGCAAGUGCAACAACACUGAGGUGACUUUGAUACGGAAUACGGAGCACUUGACGCAACUCGCCUUGAGCAACUGCACCCUGCCGCAUCUGGCAAAUGCCUUUUUUGUGCGGUUUGAGCAUCUGCUUCAUCUGGAACUGCAGCACAGUGGUCUAAGUGAUUUGGAUGAUUUUGCGCUGAAUGGUUUGACCAAGCUACAAUACCUUUCCCUGUCCCACAACAAUUUGAGCAGUCUGAGAUCCUGGUCCAGUGACCCCUUGGGAGCAUUAACCAAUUUGGAUCUGGGCCACAACGUAUUAUGCAAGCUGAGGUCCAAUAGCUUUGGAAUAUAUCCCCAGCUGCAACAGCUCGACUUGCGUUACAACCAGAUCUCUCAAAUCGAGGAGGACUCCUUUGAUGGAUUAUCUCAUUUAAAGCAUCUUUAUCUGAACGGAAACCAAUUGGCGCAUAUAGAUGGUAGUUUCUUUGGGGGUCUCCAUCGCCUCUCCAGCUUAUCACUUCAGCAUAACCGCAUUGAGGGCAUAGAGAUGGAUUCCUUUGAGAGUAAUACCCAUCUUCGGAGUCUACGAGUGGACCAAAAUCUCCUGAGCAGCCUUCAGUUUCUCAGCCAACGAGGACUGGCUCGACUGGUUCACUUGAAUCUGUCGAAUAAUGUGGUACAACAGCUGGAGCCAUCGGUAUUUUCCAAAAACUUCGAACUGCAGGACCUGGACUUGAGUUAUAAUAACAUCACUAAGCUCAACAAGGAAUCAUUAUCGGGAUUGGACUCAUUGGAGCGAUUCAACAUAAGUCACAACUAUGUGGAUGAAAUAUACGUCGAAAGCCUGGACUCCCUAGUCGCUCUUCUUCAAGUAGAUAUCAGCUUUAACCGACUGACCACACUGCCAGAUACUUUAUUUCAUGUUAACACUCAACUGGAAGAGAUUGUCCUUGCAAACAACAGAAUAGGGGAGAUUUCUUCUCAGAUGAUGCUUAAUCAAAAUCAUCUAAGAUACAUUAAGUUGUCGGGAAAUGCACUCAGUGAUGCCGCUUUUCUGCAAAGGCUUUCUCCGUCAGUCAAUCGACUUUCCCUCUACGUGGAUCUCAGUUCAAAUCGCAUCAAAUCAGUGAACCUCAGCAGUCUUCUUCAUUUUCGUUAUGUAAACUUAGCGGAUAAUAACUGGAGCUGCGAUUGGUUGGUGGCUAACUUGGUGCGUAAGCUACCAACGUCCGUUAACUUCGCCCGUCCCUGGACAGUAAUUAAUAAUUGGAGUGAAAAUACCACCAAAAUCAGGGGCAUAGACUGCAUUGAAGGCGGCAGUAAUCGAUCCAUAAUAUUGCUGGAUGUGAGUGGAGUGCCGCAACAAAAACCAGACCAUUGCGAUUGCGGGGUGGCCUAUGAUGAGACCAAUCCUUCGCCUCCACCUCUCACCUGGCCCAAGAUUCCCACAGAUCGCUUUGAUUCACGAUCGGUGAUCAUCUGGAUGCUGGUGGCCAUUGCCAUGGCUUUUGCAGGACUCCGGUGGUUGCGACGAUUCGUGGAUCGCAAUGAGAAACGUAAACUGGGCCAAAAGAUGCUGCAAAAUGUGGUUUGUUAACAAAUUGUAAAUGUUUGACCCCUUUAAAGUGAGCUUUAAUCACUGAUCCAAACAGAAUCUUUAAAAAAGCUAUUAAAUUGUUAGGCAAUUAGCUAAUGUUAUAAUUAAA